CCCUCUCCGUUAGAAGUUAGUAAGCUAGACAUGGCGCUCCCCGUUUCGCGAAAUCAAUUGUUUACAUUUUUAGCUUAUAAAAAACUUACAAUAAACUGAAUUAAGAAAACAUUAGCAGAAUGAAAGUACGACAUCAUCAAGCUUGUGUGUUUGCCCUAACGUGGAUGGCAUAUGCAAGCACAUACCUUCUUAGAAAACCCCUUGCCGUGGUGAAGAUGGAUUUGUCAUCUGAGCUUAAGAUGACCAGAACUCAGCUAGGAUGGCUAGAUACAGCAAUGUUUCUUCCCUACGCUUUUGUUCAGAUGGUGUUUGGAUCGAGUGCAGAUAAAUACGGCGCCCGCAGAACUCUAGCAUGUUGCCUAAUGACAUCUGGUAUCUCUAUGGCUUCGUUUGGCAUGUGGCAUAGCUUCUAUAUUUUUGCCCUCUUUUUGUUCAUCAAUGGAGCUGCACAGUCUCAGGCGUGGCCGAGUUGCGUCAAGGUCUUGGGUUCCUGGUUCAACAACCGUCAGCGUAACGCAGUGUUUGGUCUCUGGGGAACCUGCACAUUUGCUGGAGGAGUGAUGGGUACAGCUUUAGCGGUGCAUCUGCAGACGUAUUACGGCUGGCGAGAUGUAUUCCUUAUUCCGUCGUUACUUCUUCUUAGUAUGGGCUUAUUAGUAGUGCUGUUUCUUCACACUCCAGCCGAUUACGAAAUCGUCAUUCAGGGCAAAGAUUUUGUGUCAUCAUCAGCAGAUGCGCCAGAGCAUGUAACAAUGAGUUUCAUUCAACUCUGGUCUUUCCCGAUGUUAAAAGAACUUGCCGUGUCGAUGUUUUGUGUCAAGAUCGUACGCUACUGUGUAUUCAUGUGGCUACCAAUGUACCUAUAUGAACAGCUGCAUUAUGGGAAAGGUGAAUCUGGUAUGCUGUCAACGAGUUUUGAGAUUGGAGGAGUCGCUGGCAGUGCAGCACUAGGGUACUUAAUACAAAGACUCCUUGAUGGGCAGACUCUUAAAGGAAGCGCUCUCGUUAUCUUAGCCUCAACUCUCAGCCUCGUCUGUUUCCUCAUUACCGCCUCAUGGGGCGCCUUCUUCAAUAUCUCCCUGAUGAUGAUCACCGGAGCACUCAACUGUGGAGUGGAUCCCAUUCUGACCGGAAGCGUUCCUGCGGAGCUUGCUGAGUGGGAAGGAAGAGAUAUUCAGGCUUCCAUUUCUGGAUUCAUUAAUGGGUUUGGGAGUCUGGGUACAGUGGUCAUGGGACCUGUUGUAGGCGUACUGACUGAACUAUUUGGUUGGUCCGGUAUGCUGUAUAUGAUCAUCGUGCUGUCCCUUCUAGGUUCCUUAUCGACCUUCAGAGGUUACUCCAUCUGGAGGAGAUUGCAAGAAGAAAACCCACAGCAAGUAAAAGCAUGAGGAGAAGCUCAGAUCCGAGAAGGCACAAAAAACACUUAAUUUAUUCAGCUUGUGCAGACAAGGACUCUCAGAAAAGCAAACUUAGUCUCUGUACUGGUUGCAAGAACCCCAGGAGACCGCAAGAAGGAGCUCAGAUCCGAGAAGACAAAACGAACAAUUAUACAUUUCAAAUAUUCUGGUUGUGAAGACAAGGAAUCUCAGAAAAGCAAACUUAGUCUCUGUACGUUCUUGUUGAAUUGGUAAAACAUCAGCGGCAAUACCAUAGGCCCCCUACACAUACACUCAAUGCUACAAACGUCAUGACUAUUCCACCGAUAGUUUGUAAUGUGCGCAGCAAGGAGAG